UUCAAAAGUUCCAUAAGUUGCAAAGGUAGAGCAUUGCACGGAAGAAAGGAAACCAAAAGGCGAGGUUGACAAAUCGCACAAAAGCCUCUUUCAUAUUGUAUUUUAUUUUAACUCAUCGCUUCUUUUUACAAUGGGACUACCAGCUCUGGAAUUUAGCGAUUCUUUUUUGGACAGCCCCGACUUCAGAGACCGCCUGAAAUGUCACGAAUUUGAGUUGGAUCGUACGAAUAAAUUUAUAAAAGACCUUAUAAAAGAUGGGAACAUGCUUAUCAGUGCACUGAAAAAUCUUUCUGCGGCUGUACAGAGGUUUUCACAGUCCCUUCAGGAUUUCCAAUUUGAGUGCAUAGGUGAUGCAGAAACUGAUGAUGAGAUUAACAUUGCUCAGUCAUUAAAGGAAUUCUCUCAGUUAUUAAACACUGUUGAGGAGGAAAGACGACGACUUAUACAGAAUGCUGAUGACGUCUUGAUUACGCCGUUGGAGAAGUUUCGAAAGGAGCAAAUAGGUGCUGCCAAAGAAGGAAAGAAGAAGUUUGACAAAGAAACUGAGAAAUAUUAUAGUCUUCUGGAAAAACACCUAAAUCUGUCUUCUAAAAAGAAAGAGGCAUUUUUACAAGAGGCAGAUGCCCAGAUCAAUAAGGAGAGACAGGUUUUUUGUGAUGCUUCUCUUGAGUAUGUCUUCAAAAUCCAAGAAGUCCAAGAGCGAAAGAAAUUUGAGUUUGUGGAGCCGCUUCUGGCUUUCCUUCAAGGUCUGUUCACAUUCUAUCAUGAGGGCUAUGAACUGGCACAAGAAUUUGAGCCAUACAAGCAGCAACUGCAGUUCAACCUACAGAAUACAAGGAAUAACUUUGAGAGCACUAGACAGGAAGUAGAGAAUCUAAUGAAGAGGAUAAAGUCAGCAGAGCCAGACUUUAAAGCCCCUGGACAGUGGACUAUGGAGGGUUUUCUAUAUGUACAAGAGAAGCGACCCCUGGGCUUCACAUGGAGCCGACAUUAUUGCACAUAUGAGAAGGAGUCUAAAAUGUUCACCAUGAGCAACUCGGAGAUCAAAUCUGGAAGCAAACAGAAUGGACUGAUUAUGAGUCCACCUGAGAUAUUCAAACUGAAGACCUGCAUCAGGAGGAGGACAGACUCAAUUGACAAACGAUUCUGCUUUGACAUCGAAGUGAUGGAGAGAAAUAACACUUGUCAGGGGAUUCUAUUCAGUUCUCUUCAGUGUUUCUAUAAAGUCCGCCGGCAUGGCAUUAUCACUCUGCAGGCUCUGUCUGAGUCUAACAGGCGUCUGUGGAUGGAGGCUAUGGAUGGAAAAGAGCCGAUUUACACUCUUCCAGCACUUCUCAGCAAGAAAGAAGAAACAUACUUAAAUGUGGUGGGAUUUAACUUUGUGAGGAAGUGCAUUCACCUCGUGGAGACAAGAGGUAUCCAUACUAUGGGCUUAUACAGAAUAGGUGGAGUUAAUUCUAAAGUGCAGAGACUUAUGACCUCUGUAUUUGCUGCCAAAGCUCCUGCAGACAUGGAUCUCGACCCAGAUACGUGGGAUAAUAAGACCAUCACAAGUGGGCUCAAGAAUUACCUUAGGUGUCUGGCUGAACCUCUCUUAACCUACAGACUUCACAAAGACUUCAUCAUGGCAGUCAAGUCCGAUGACCAGAACUACAGGGUGCGGGCGGUCCAUGCCCUUGUGUAUAAGCUGCCUGACAAGAACAAAGAAAUGCUGGACAUCCUGAUCAAGCAUCUGCUUGUGGUUUCUACACACAGCCAAAAGAAUCUGAUGACUGUGUCUAACCUAGGUGUGAUAUUUGGCCCUACACUCAUGCGCGCUCAGGAGGAGACAGUGGCUGCCAUGAUGAACAUUAAGUUUCAAAACAUUGUGGUGGAGAUUCUCAUAGAGAAUUAUGAGAAGAUCUUCCACCAGGCCCCAGACCCCAACGUGCCCCUACCCCAGCCGCAGUGUCGCUCCAGCUCACGCCGCAGCAAGACCAUCUGCCUGUCUUCAGGCCCGCGCAAGUCCAGAGGCCUGUACCCACCAGCACUGUGCCUGGCCGAUGCUGACAGUGACACGUUCAGUAGCAGUCCCUGCAGCACACCCAUGGGCAGUCUGGAGUCCCUGUCCUCGCACUCAUCUGAGCAGAAUGGCUGCUCCAAGGCCAGCUCUCCAUCUCGCUCCAAACACAAGGUCUCGGGCAGUCUGUGUUGGACCACUCCUUCCCCAUCUUCCGACCGACCCAAGAGCCCAGCCGGCACCACCAGCCCUGACUCCAGCUCCAAGGAGGACACAGCAAAAACAGACGAGUGGGAGGAGGCCCUGAGCGCCCUUCCAACACAGCAGCGUUCUCCAGCUCCAGAGACGACCGACGGGUCCACGGUGCAGAGCCCAGAGGAGCAGAAAACAGGGCACCUGUCCACCUGCUCCUCCCUCACCUCACUCCAUAUCUCUGAGGGUUUCAGGAGCUGUCAUGGCUCAGUUCAGAGUUUGGUUUCCCACAGUAACAGAGACAGCCUGAAGUCACUCCCCUUACCAAAUAUCCCUCCUAAAGUCACAGCCAGGUGCAGACUGGACUCCUCAGCCAGCAACGGAUACCAAAGGCCCAACUCUUUGGUGGUCUCAAGAGCAGCUCUUUUUGAGAACCCAGUGGUCUCACAGCCGACCCCUGCUGGAAGGGAAGCCAAGGCCAUGUAUUCCUGCCAGGCAGAACAUAGUCACGAACUAAGCUUCCCCAAGGGGGCGCUUUUCUACAAUGUGUACCCCUCAGUGGAACCUGGGUGGCUCCAAGCAACAUAUAAUGGCAAAACUGGACUGAUCCCAGAGAAUUAUGUGGUGUUCCUUUAGCAAGGUCUUUAAGACAGACAAACAAAGUCCAUGGUAUCCAUGGUAACUAUUUCACCAGAAAUGGACCAGAAAAGUUUUUGUACAUCCAUUGUAUACAGUAUGUGAAUUGUUUAAAUACUUAGUUAAAAAUGUCUAUAACCUAAUUAUCAACAGCAGAGUAUAUAUGGCCCAUAGUACUUCAAGUUGUAGAUAUUAGAAAGUUUCUAAACAAAUAUUAAUAUUUUAUGAUGUUUCUGACUCACAUGUGUUUUGGCUCCAUAAGACCUAAGAUAUUUGUAGGUGGCUAAUCAUUCAGACUGGCUCUGACAUGUUGGACCAAUAAGCAUACAUAUAUUACAGCAGUAUAAAGUCUAUGCUUCUCAUAUUCUAUCUCUGUAAUGGUGGGAAAAGACUUGCAAUUAACAGUAUAAUGUUGUGGUACUGUUGAGAAGGACAAUAGAAAUUCUUCUGAAGUGACUCAGUACAACAUGCUGAUUUAAUUUUAUUAAGUUUUACAAAAUUAUGAUCCUGUGCAACUUCCACUUGAAAUGCCCAACAUAAAAUUUAUUGAUCAUGUAUGUUUGUUGCUGAGAUUACCAGAAGACAGUUACACAGUCAAGAAAUGAUUUUACUAAAACAAUGCAACUAUGAGUGUUCAUUUCUUCAUACAAUAAACAUACACAAUAGAUGCUGGU